GAAAGCGGGCUGGGGGGGCAGGGGGAGGGAUCUACAUUGUGGGGUCUUCGCGGUUCCAGCUGCUUGGGAUCCCGUCGCUUUGCUCGUCCCAUCAUGGCUGGUUCGCUGAGAUUUCUUAGUCCGCUUCUGGGUUGGAGAUUCGCUGCUGCAACAAAGCCCCUUUACUCCAGUGGGCAGCCUCAGCGGGGUCACCGCCUCACGCCUUCCGACGAUGAGAUGUACCAGAAGACGACCAUCCACCACUUGGAAAGAGAAUCCCAAGACAUCAUGUUUAUUGAAGGUUACACGGCCUGGGGCUUCACCAUCAACGGCAACAGAGUGGUAGGGCCUUGUGCUGUCUUGCCACGAGCCAUCCUCCAAUGGAACGUUGGCACACACAAUGACAUCACGGCUGAGAGUCUCGCACUAUUCCGCCUGCUGGAACCCAGGAUAGAAAUCGUAGUGCUGGGAACAGGAGAGAAGGUGGAGCGGCUGGAUCCUGCUGUCUUGAAGCUAAUGCGGCAAUGUGGGAUUGCUGUAGAAAUACAGGACACGCCCAAUGCCUGCGCAACCUUCAACUUCUUGACAAGUGAGCGGCGGGUGGCAGCUGCCGGCCUCAUCCCGCCUCCCGGUAUUGGACAGCAUGAUAAUGCAGCAGUCGGCUGAGACUCUGUGGGUAAGACCAUGGGGAGGAAAAGAGUCUGGCAGGACAGAGGAAAGGGGUUCCUUAUCCCUUCUAGUUUUCUGCUACAUUCUUCAUUACCGUGGCUGGGGGCUUCUCACGCCAGAGACUGUCGAAUAAGAGAACUGUGCCGCACAUUUUUCCAGCCUUGAGUGAAGUGUGUUAACAAUAUUGGAGCAUAAAAUGUACAGGCUAGAGUGAAGAAGAUGCAGAAUAAACUUGAAGCCACACAACUAAGCUUC